AUGUCUUUCGCUACACCUGCAACGUCUCGACGCUUCUACGUCCGUCAGCCGCACGGUCGUAACGUCGUUUUAAAUCGUGCCGUCACGGAGCCUGGAGCCGGCAGAACUGGGAGCGGAAGUAGUGUCGGAGGUACUGGUGGUACUGGCGGAGGUGGUGGU